AUGAAUUAUAUUAUUUUUAAAAAUAUUCAUUAUUAUUUAUUAUUAAAUUUUUUAUUUAUAAAAUUUUCAUUUAUUUCUUUAACAAUAAUUCAUGAAAUAAAUCAAGUUAUUUUUCUUAAUCCUCAAACAAAUAGAGCAUUAAUUCGAUGUCCAUUAAAUUAUAAACAUAAUUUUAAUAUUGAAUGGUAUAAUGUUAUAAAUAAUCGAACUGAAAUUACUCAUAAUGAAUAUUAUCAUAUUUAUGGUUUACAACCAUCUGAUCAUGAAUUUAUUUGUUCGAGUAUUUCUGAAAUAAAUGGAAAAUAUAGAAUGAAAAUUCGAAUUUAUGAUCGUCCAUUACCUGUUCGACAUAUUUUUAUUAAAAAAAGAACAAAUACAAGUCUAACUAUUCAAUGGAAAGAUGAUGAUUACAAUCGAAAUGCUAAUAUAACUUAUUAUGAUUUAAUUUUAAAACUUAAUAAUAAAAUUCGAUUUCGUAUUUCUGUUAAUCAUACACAAUCAACUUAUACAUUUUUAUCAUUAUAUUCAAAUACACUUUAUUCAAUUGAUAUAUCAGCAGUAGAUGUUUGGAAACGCUAUAGUCGAAAUGUAACAAUAAUUGGACGAACAUUAUCAUCAAAUAAAUAUGAUAAUAUUUCAUCUCAUAAAUUAAUUGAUCGUCAUUUACUCGAUCAAUUGAUAUCAUGUUAUCGUCUUAAUCAUCAAUUAUUAUUAGUUGAAUUUAAUCGUUCACAAUUUCUAAUGAAAAAUUAUAUUUAUAAUUUAACUAUAUAUAAUCAUGAAGAUCGUAUAAUAUUAAGUGAUAAUCUUUAUUCUUUAAAACAACAAUUACCUAUAAUUAAAACAUUAAAUUCAUUUAUAUAUCAUUUAAAAGAACAAAAUUUACGAUGUAAAAUAAAAUUAAUUAUAUCAACAAUUCAAUUAGAAUUUCUUGGAACAACAUAUAAAUAUUGUGAAGAUUUUUAUCCUAUUUAUUCACCAUUAACUUGUUUAAUUAAACCAAUAAAAAAACAUAAAUUUUAUUUAAUGAUAAAUAUGCAUUUAUAUAAUAAUCAUAAACAUAUAAUGACACUUAAACCAAAUUAUAUAUUCUAUCAAAUAAAACAAAAUCAUUUUAUUAAAAAAAAUAUUUAUGAUAUUCAUAAAUAUGUCACUGCUGAUAUAUUUGAUAUAAAAGAAAAUUAUUCUAUUAUUGUUGAAAAUAAUCUUAUUGGUAGUGAUAAAAAUGAAAAAAUAAAUAUUUCAAUAUUAUGUUCAAUUAAUCGAUUAGCACCUAUCAAUCGAAAUAAUCGAAUAUCAAAUAAUAUUAUUAUUAUUAUUACUAUUAGUCUUAUUUUAUUAAGUAUUAUUUUAAUAGGUUUAGUAUUUUUUAUUAUUUAUCAAAAAGGUUUGAUGUCUAAUUGUUAUCAUAUAUUACUUCAUUAUAUAAAUUCAUUUCGUAAAAAUCAUCAUCCAAGAUCUCGUCUUGUACAAAUUAAUAAUUCUACAAAUGAAAAUAUUGAAAAAAAAUUUGAUAUAAAUUAUGAAGAAUUUGAUACAAUAUCAAUUCCAAUUCAGCAAUUCCCAUCAUAUGUAAAAUAUAUGCAUAAAGAUAAUGAUUUUGGUUUCAUUCGAUUAUUUGAAAAUAUUGGUGAUUUAUCAAAAACUUAUAAUUUUUCUACUGAUAUAUCACAAAUUGAACAUAAUCAAUGUAAAAAUCGUUAUAUAAAUAUAUUAACAUAUGAUCAUUCACGUGUAAAAUUAUCCUGUGAUGAAAAUGAUGGUAAAGAAAUUUAUAUCAAUGCAAAUUAUAUUGAUGGAUUCCAUAAAACUAAUGCAUAUAUUGCAACACAAGGACCUAUGAUAAAUACUAUUAAUGAUUUUUGGAGAAUGAUUUGGGAAAAAGAUGUUAGCGUAUUAGUAAUGAUAACAAAUUUAAAAGAAAGUGGAAGAAUAAAAUGUGACGUAUAUUGGCCACUAGAUGGUACUGAAACAUUUGGAACUAUUCAAGUAACUUUAAUCAGUACGAUUUCUCUUGCAUAUUAUGUUAAACGAAUAUUUUCAAUUCGAUGUGAAACAAACCAAAAGCUCAUCAAUUCUGAACGUUUUGUUCAUCAAUUUCAUUUUACUAAUUGGCCUGAUCAUGGUGUACCCUUAUUUACAUUACCUGUCCUUUCAUUUAUACGUUAUUCAUCAGAUUGUAAUACAGAAACAGGUGGUCCAAUAGUUGUUCAUUGUUCUGCUGGUGUUGGCCGUACUGGAACAUAUAUAGUAAUUGAUACAAUGUUAAAAAAAAUUCAUCAACAACAAUCAAUAAAUAUUCCUUGUUUUUUAAAACAUAUACGACAACAACGAAAUUUUCUUGUUCAAACUGAAGAACAAUUUAUUUUUAUAUAUGAUGUUCUUAAUGAAGCUGCACAAUUAUCAAAUAUUGGUUGUAAUAAUUUAGAUUUAAAUAAAUAUAAUAUUGAUUAUAUUAUAAAAACAUUAAAUACUUAUGAUAAUGAAUUUAAUUUAACACGAAUAGAAAAACAAUUUCAAUUAAUUAUAGAACAAAUAAAAACAUAUAAUCAUCAAUUAUCAAUUGGACAUAUGGAAGAAAAUUUAGCAAAAAAUAGAACACAAGCUAUUUUACCAUUAAAUUCGUGUUGUGUUCUACUUUCUACAGAUAGAAAAAAACCAGAUCGAAACUAUAUUAAUGCAUCAUAUAUUCAUGGUUAUUAUCGUAUUGAUCAAUUUAUCAUUACACAACAUCCAAUGAUGAAUACAAUAAUUGAUUUUUGGCAAAUGAUAUGGAAUACCAAUGCAAAUAUCAUUGUUUCUUUAUAUGGUGAUGAAAAAUCACAAUCUGAUGUACCUGAUUUUUGGCCAUUAGCAAAUCAAAUAAUGAAUUGUGGAAGUUUCAUUGUCUGUUUGACAAAUGAACAUUUUGAAUAUGAAUAUAUUUAUCGCGAUUUUUUACUUCGAUCUGUUGAGGAAAAUAUUAAAUUAGAAGUAAAAUUAAUUUCAUGUACAUAUUGGCCAGAAACAUGUUCACCAAUUAAAACAUCAUUUAAUCUUAUAAAUACAAUAAAAAAUUUAAAUUCUAUUGGACCUAUUGUUGUACAUGAUUUUUUUGGUGGUCAUCGUGCUGCAACAUUUUGCGCAUUGUAUACAAUGAAUGAACAAAUAGAAAAUGAAGGUAUAUUAAAUGUAUAUGAAUUAGCAAAAUUUUAUUAUUUAAAACGACCAGGAAUUUGGCGCCAUCACGGUGAUUUAUUAUUUUUAUAUCGAUGUGCAGAAAUUCUUUUUCGUGAAUAUAAAUUAUCAAAUUACGAUCAUCGUUGUUGA